CGCCGAGAGCCGUGACUCGCACACGAAAACACGCAUGCGCCGAGCGGAUGAGCCGCUGCGGGAAGGUCAGCUGCAGAUCCUCCUGAUUACCUGAAGCUACAGUACUUCCCGACAUCCCCACAGCAGCCACAGUCCCGCAUGUUAGCAGCUCAAGUCUUUCGCGGGUGGCAGCGGGAGUCGAUGCUGGUGGACAUUUGCAAUGGCAGCAGCCUUACCCAGAAAUCUCCGCGCUGCAGAAAGCGCCGACUGUCAUUCUAGUGCGCAUGUGCAAAGCGCAGCUAGCCGGACUCCCAGAAGCGCGCAUGCGCUCAGUGGACAAUAGGCGCCCAAGGAUUGGCAGCAGGAAACAAAAGACAAAGGAUUUGUGUGGGUGUCUCAGACACAACAAUGUGCCGGUUCUGCUGUGUCAGUCGGAUCACCAGCGCUUGAACGAAAUCAGUUUUUGAACGUGAAGGAGGAGAUGUUUGAGAAGACAGCACGCCAGUCACAGCAAGGGGAAUCUGAACACGAUGAGAUUUGGAUGAACCAACCUGGAGUCGAUACUUGUAAAUUAUCCUCAAGUUAUUGAAGGAGUGAACAUACAUUUCCUUCGUAGUAACAACAUAUUCAUUGUUGAUCCUUGGAAAAGAAAGCAUAUCUCGCCCCAGCUGGAAACGUGCAUCUGCUUUGUGUCUAAAAUGAAGUUUUCUGCUUUAACUUCUCAUUGAAACACGUUGGAUCCAGGGCUCUGAGAACUCUCCAGAGUAUCUUCACCAGAGACCAAGCACUCAACAGGUUGAAGUGUGGGAGGGAUUCACCAUGUCAUCUGACAUGAUGAAUUGCCAGAGAGCCCAAAGCAGAGAGAAAUCAUUCACCUGCUCUGAGUGUGGAAAGGGAUUCACUCGGUCAUCUCUCCUGCGGACACACCAGCGGGUUCACUCUGGAGAGAGGCCGUUCACCUGCUCCAUGUGCGGGAAGGGAUUCACUCACUCGUCCCACCUGCAGACACACCAGCGAGUUCACACUGGGGAGAGGCGAUUCAUUUGCUCUGUGUGUGGGAGGGGAUUCAAUCAGUCAUCCAGCCUGAAGAUACAUCAGCGAGUUCACGCCACAGAUAGACCGUUCACCUGUUCUGACUGUGGGAAGGAAUUCAUUCAGUUGUCUAACCUGAGGACACAUCAGAAAAUUCACUCUGGGGACAGGCCUUUCACCUGCUCCGUGUGUGGAAUGGGAUUCACUCGUUCAUCCCAACUACUAAAACACAGGCGAGUUCACACUGUAGAGAGGCCGUUCACCUGUUCUGAGUGUGGGAAGGGAUUCAUUGAGUCAUCCAACCUGCAGUCACAUCAGCGAGUUCACACCGGGGAGAGGCCAUUCACCUGCUCUGUGUGUGGGAAGGGAUUCACUCAUUCAUCCCACGUCAUGAGACACCAACGAAUUCACACCGGCGAGAGACCGUUCAUUUGCUCUGUGUGCGGAAAGGGAUUCAAUCAGUCGUCCCACCUGAUGAUACACCAGCGAGUUCACACUGGGGAGAGGCCGUUCACUUGCACCGUGUGUGGGAAGGGAUACAUUCAGUCAUCGGAACUACUGGCACACCAGCGUGUUCACACUGGGGAGAGGCCGUUCACCUGCUCUGAAUGUGGGAAAGGAUUCACUCACUCAUCCCACCUGAUCAGACACCAGCGAGUUCACACCGGGGAGAGGCCGUUCAUUUGCUCUGUGUGUGGGAAAGGAUUCAAUCAGUCGUCCCACCUGAUGAUACACCAGCGAGUUCACACUGGGGAGAGGUUGUUCACUUGCACCGUGUGUGGGAAGGGAUACCUUAAAUCAUCCGAGUUACUGGCACACCAGCGUGUUCACACUGGGGAGAGGCCAUUCACCUGCUCUGAGUGUGGGAAGGGAUUCAUCCAUUCUUCCAACCUGCAAAAACACCAGCGUGUUCACACCGGGGAGAGGCCGUUCAUCUGCUCUGAAUGUGGGAAGGCGUACGUUCAUCAAUCCAACCUGCAAAAACACCAGCGAGUUCACACUGGGGAGAGACCGUUUGCCUGCUCUCAGUGUGGAAAGGCAUUCACUCAGUCAACCCAGCUUCUGAGGCAUCAGCAAGUGCACACUAAGGAGAGGGUUCACACCAGUGUGAGCAGAGAGACUUACUCGGUCAUUCCGCCUGCUGAUACACCAGUGAGCUCAGAGUGGUGAAAACGUUUAAGUGAUCUCUCUGCUGUAAUCAUAACCAUCACGUAUUCCUAUGGUUGUCAGAUUCUGCGCCUUUUGCUGCUGCUUAUUAAACCAAGGACUGAACCACAAUCACCCCGGGAGGGGAUUGUU